AUGAACGACGGCAACCCGUACGACUACCUGCUCCAGCGGCCGGGCGGGCGCGGCCACCCGAUGCAGCCGGCAGCGCCGCCCGCGCACCACGCGAUGCCCCCGAACCCGAUGGCCAUGGGCUACUCGUACCCGGACCCGAGCUCGGGCAUGCUCGACAUGUCGAUGGCGAUGAACCCGAUCCCGUACAACGCGGGCAACUACAACGCGAUGCCCAUGAUGGGCCAUGGACACCAUCUGCCACACGGCGGUAGCCACCAUGGCAUGGGCCCUCCGUCGAUCGACCCGACAUUCCACCCGGCGUACAUGCCACCAGCGCGCCCGGACACUGGCAUCAACUCGUACUUCAUGAUGAAUGACGGCGGUAUGAACUACACGGCGCCCAUGUACCCACCGCCACCACAGCAGUCGAUCGAGCUGCCGCGGGCGCCAAUUCAGCGCCCGACGCCGCCCAAGGCCAACACGACGCCAAAGCCGGCGCCCACGAGCACAUACCAGCUGCAAACGCAAGUCGCGAUUCCGCUGCCUCGGCCGCUCGAGCCGUCGAUGGCCAUCACGAGCGCGCCGUCCUCAAACACGCACAAGGCCGCGUCCGAGGCGUCGUACGAGUCGGGCGAAGAGAACGUCGCCAAGUCGGAGAAGCGCCGGAGCCAAGUGCGUGACGCGUCUCGGCGCCGCCGUGCCAAACACAAGGAAGAGGAAGCGAUGCUUGUCAACCGCAUCAAGGAGCUCAAGCAGCAAGUGCAGAUCAUGGAAGGCUCGCAUACGUCGGGCGAUGGCGACGCCCACCCCAUGGCGGCCAUGUCGGACCACGACCUCGAGCAGUCGUUCAAGGACCAGAAAAAGGUUGUCGAGACGCUCAAGGCCGAGUACAAGGACCUCAAGGCGCGACUCAAGCACCACGAGGAGUUUGCGCGGUCGCUCCAGCAAGGCAUCCAAGCACUCUCGGGCUCGGGCGGACCGGUCCUCAACACGCUGACGGGCGGGUUCACCGGUAGUAUGAUGGCAGCGACGCCCGCGCAAAGCUUUGACUGGAGCUGGAUCAAACACGGCGACGUGGAGUGGGUCCAUGAAAUCGUGCGCACUGGGUUCCAGGAGCUCAACAACUGGAAGCCGCCAACGUCGGCCCAAGAGCCCGUGAAUGCGUCGGCGAUGGGGUGGACGUCCGACUUUUGGGAAGACGGCGAUCGCACCAUGUGCUUCUCGACGCACAAGUUGAUGCGCGACGGCGUCCUUCGGGACUUUGUCGACAAGACGUGGGGGAUUCUCUCCAACCGCGACAAAUCCCGCCGCGUGUACCCGGACUGGAAAGAGCUCGAGGUGCUCAAAUACGUCAGCGAAGACAUUGCGAUCGUCCGCAUCUUCGAGUCGGUCGGCGCACGCAACGUGACGUUCUGCGCGGUCGUCUUUCGCAUCUUUGUCGACGAGCAGCACUACCUCGUCGGCAUGAAGUCGUACGCGAUGACGCCCCCGAUGCGCCAGAUCACCGCCUCGAUGCGUCCCCAAGAGGCGUGUGCGUGGAAGUUUUCGGUCUCGCGGACCGAGCCCGGCAUCGACGUCGAGUUUGUCGGCUACCAAGACGUGGACCAAACCGUCAAGAGCAAGGCCGGCAUGGAGGCCAUGUUUGUCAUGCUGCGCUGGGAGAGCGAAGCGGCCACGCAGCCCGUGUUUCGUCCUUCGCACAAUGCCCAGCCCACUCGGCUCAUCCAGUAG